CCUAUGGUAGUGAAAUAAGGUUCCUACGCUUUGGAUUUUUCCAAAACUAUAUUUUUGCUUUUUCGCUUUUUCGUUUGCACUCUCAAAAGUCCUUAGUCGAUUCUUGUCUACGAAGUCAAGUCUUUCGAGUCGUCUAGUGUCUAGAGUCAUUUUCAAUUUAUGUGGGGGAUUGUUGGAACUUUUUUUUGGGAAAAUGGCUUUAGUCAAUAUUCCAGUGGAUUUUCAUGGGCUAUGUAGUUGUCGGAAUGACCAGAGAUUGAAAUCAUUGGAUUUCUUGCUAUGAACACUAUGUGAUAGUGUAUCAUAUGUCAAAAAAAAGAAGUUUGAUUAAAUGAGAAAUGUUUGUUCAAAGUCAUUGACUUGGAAAGCUUGUAAAACUUGACAAACUAACUAUGUUUAAAACUAGUAAAUGUCCCACAUAAAAAUAUGAGGUGAUAGUCCUCUUGCUUAUAUAUGGAGAAGUAAUAACUUGGUUAAAAACCUUGUGAACAUACUAUGGUAUAAUGACGAAAGAUAUAUCCAAAAUGGAAAUGAAUUUGCAAUUUAGUAAAUAGACUAUUAGUCUAAUAUCCAUAUUGUUUUGGACUAAAUUCAAAUUGAUGUGAUUAAUUUAUUUGUAUAAUAAAUUAAAUAAAAUCACAAAUAUCUUCAUCAUUGAUAACAAAAGACGUUUUUUUUACUUUGUCCACAAUGAAUUCAAAUUCAAUGCAAUAAUCAAUUGUGCUUUAUUGUAUGGUCAAUGGAAAACGUUUUUUCUUGCUUGCUUUUGAUAUGUGUUAUAAAAGCCACUUCUUCGAUUGCAUAGAGUAUUCUCAUUCAUACGAAUAAGAGAAGAAAAAAAUUCUCCGCUCAGAAUAGUUAUGUUAGUAUUUUUUUAUUUUAAAUUUGAGAGUACAACACAAAAUUAGGUUCGAUAGAUUCUGUUUUUCGGUGAUGGUAAACAAAAACAAUGUUGCAGUUGUAUUCUGGGAAUAUGUGCGCUAUGAAACUGUCACACUACGGAGCAUUUAAAGAUUUAAGGAAAGAAAUUAAUCAUCUCGACUCUGCAAUUCUUCUUUAUUUUUAUAUUUCGAUAUUAUAAUUUUAUAUUUAUGUUUUUAUUAUUCUUUACAAAUAUCAGUUGUCCUAUAGUAGUAAAAUAAGGUUCCUACAUCUUCUACAUCGUCGUCGAUCAGCAGCUGUCUGAGCUUGAGAGCUCCUUGCCUACAUUUUUGUUCAUGUAAAUAACAGUACCGGAUAUCUAACUACGGUUUCCUAUUUAGAGAGAGAAGUUUGCUCAAGCCGGUUCAAUACAUAUAUGUUGUUACGUUACUGACAUUCAGCAUUGGCAAUUUCUUUGUAGGCACAUGCGAAGCUUGAUAGCAUUUCUUACGGUAAUGGUUGUGGUUGCAGUUUUGGUUCUCAUAGCCACUGUGGUAUACCCAAGACAGAACGUGGAAGAUAUAUAGUCACCAGUCACUUGGCAUUGAAAAGUAAAACUUAUAUGUCGAAUAGACAAUUUUUCGUCUAAGUGGUUUGUUUAGUUAUAUAUUUAUAUACACUAAUAAUAAUCAAUAUAAAAGAAUAUAUUCUUGUCCUCCUUCCUCUGCAUGAUAUUUUAUGCAACGGUUACGUGUAAUAAGUUUUUAUUUAAAGUUCACUGUCCUUUUACAAAUAUAGAAAUGGUCUCCUCCUCACCAUUGAGACACCUCUUAUAUCCCUCUCUGUAGAUCAGGUCAAAUGUCACGUGACCCUUAUCUUACCCUUUUGUCUUCUUACCACAUCUUUAAAAAUAGGAUACAAGACCCAAUCAAAUAUCGAAAGAAAGAUCCCAUAAAUGCAUUUGAAUACUUUCCUCUUUUGGCAAAACACAUAUACUCCCGUUAUAGAAACCUCAUCCACUCACCAUCAAAGGAAGAAAAAUAAGAUCAAGAUCCGGUUAUUCUGAAUCGUUAUUUCUUGAAUGUUUUCGUUUAGAUCGUUCUCAGAGAAAUGCGACGACGGAAGAAGACGCUUGUGGUGGUGGUGAUACGCAGACUAUUAACAUGUGCCAUAUGUAUAAUAGCAUUACUUGGCUUUCUCACUGUACACAUCUACGUAGCUCCUCUCAACAGACUCCCUAGGCUACAUCUUAGCAAAUACACCACUCGUCAGCGAGGACACAUCAGUUACGAAAACUCCAUUACAGAACCGAGCUCGACUAUGAACCUAUCUCGUCGGGAAACGACUGAAGAGAAUGAGAUUCAGAAUCAGAGAUUAACAUCUGAACACAUCAACAAUACACAUGAGCUAUCUCAACCUCAUUUCUUGACAAGCCCUUCCUUCGCCAAGUUGAACACGACAAGCGGGAUACCAGAUUAUGACAAGCUUUGGAAACAUCCACCUAACCGCAACUUCGUCCCUUGUGUCAAUCCCAAUCCUAAUUACAUAUCUCCGUUGGAGUCUAGAGGUUAUCUUCUUGUUCACACGAAUGGCGGUCUUAACCAGAUGCGUGCUGGGAUAUGUGACAUGGUAGCUAUAGCUCGUAUUAUAAAUGCCACACUUGUAGUCCCGGAGCUCGAUAAACGAUCUUUCUGGCAGGAUACUAGUAAAUUCUCGGAUGUAUUUGAUGAAGAUCACUUCAUCAGUACUUUAUCUAAAGAUAUUAGUGUCAUUAAGAAGCUACCAAAAGGUAUUGAUGGACUCACAAAAGUGGUUAAGCAUUUCAAAAGCUACUCAGGAUUGAGAUAUUACCAAAAUGAGAUAGCUACCAUGUGGGAUGAAUACAAGGUGAUCCGAGCUGCCAAAUCCGAUUCUCGUCUAGUAAACAACGGUCUACCCCCAGAUAUUCAAAAGCUACGUUGCCGUGCUUGUUAUGAGGCUCUACGCUUCUCUACUAAAAUCAGAUCAAUGGGACAAAUUUUAGUCGAUAGGAUGACAUCUUAUGGUCUAUACAUUGCGUUGCAUUUGAGAUACGAGAAAGACAUGCUAGCUUUUAGCGGCUGCAACCAUGGUUUAUCUGCUUCUGAAGGUGCUGAGCUAAGGAAGAUAAGGAAGAACACAGCGUAUUGGAAAGUUAAAGACAUUGAUGGAAAAGUACAAAGACUCAAAGGGAAUUGUCCAUUGACUCCAAAAGAAGUUGGAAUUUUACUAACAGCUUUAGGAUAUGCACCAAACACACCUAUAUAUAUAGCUGCUGGUGAGAUUUACGGUGGUGAGUCUCGGUUAGCUAGUCUUGGCUCUCGUUUCACCAUGUUAAUGAGUAAGGAAAAGUUGGCAACAAAAGUAGAGCUUAAGCCUUUUAUGAACCACUCAACUCAAAUGGCUGCACUGGACUACAUUGUUUCCGUCGAAAGCGAUGUUUUUAUUCCAUCUUAUAGCGGAAACAUGGCGAGGGCUGUUGAAGGGCAUCGCCGGUAUCUUGGUCACCGGAAAACAAUAUCUCCGGACAGGAAAGCCAUUGUGAGGUUGAUAGACAGAAUUGGAAGAGGAAUUGAGAAAGAUAACAGGAAAGUGUAUGAAAGAAUCAUAGAGAUUCACAAAACUCGACAAGGAUCACCGAGGAGGAGAAAAGGACCUGCUUCAGGAACAAAGGGUUUGGAGAGACAUCGUUCUGAGGAAUCUUUCUAUGAAAAUCCAUUACCAGACUGUCUCUGUCAGAGAGACCCAAGCAGAGGGAGCUGAUGGUUGCAUGAGAUAUGGAUUUAACAAAGGCUUGUUGGAUCUGCUACCACUUCUUGGCAUUGGGGACA